AUGACUGAUAUCGCCAUGGCCGAGCUAGAUGCUCUGACGGGGUCCGCUGACAAGCCAACAGCCGCGAGCCACCUUGUCGAGAAACCUACACCAUACACUUUCACACCGUCCUACCUGACUGCCACGGACCCCAACCCUCUCCCUCGAGCAUCCACUCUACUCUCACAACCUCGUGCCUCUCUUGAAUCCACCUUGCAAGCCAUAGCCCGCGACGGCACCCAAUCUCUCCUCACACAUCUCCUCACCACGCCCACCAUCACCAUCACCUCCAACCCCACCGGCCUAACCAUGACCCUUCCCGUGCCACCACAGCCUCUCCUCCCACGCCGCCAACCCCUUCCCAAACCCAAAGCCCCCACGAAAUGGGAAGCCUUCGCCCGCAAAAAGGGCAUCGGCAAGUUUGGCGGCAACCUCAAAGGCGGCGCCGCCCUGGCCGAGAAGCGCAAGAACCUGGUCUAUGACGAGGCCAGCGGCGAGUGGGUCAAGAAAUGGGGCUACAAGGGCAAGAACCAGCGCGAAGGCGACGAGUGGCUGGUGGAGCUGGACGACAAGGCCGUCCGCAAGGAGAAGGAGGGCAAGGACGAGGGCAAGACCGUGCGUGGUGAGGGCAAGCGUGAGCGCAUGGAGCGCGUGCGGAGACAGCAGAGGAAGGAGCGGAAUAACGAGCGGAGGGGCCGGAAGGCGGGGGCCUGA